AUGGCCGCCCCGACCAAGUUCAGUUUUUCUGUCAGGAGCAUCCUGGAUUUGCCCGAGCAGGAUGUGGAGGCAGCGCCGCGGUCCUCCCCACUUUACUCCUCCUGCUCCUCCAGCUCUCCGUACAGCUCCUGGAUGGACGACCGGAGUCCCUGCAUGUCUUCUGACGAAGGCAGCCUCGAGGCCUCCCCGGACUCCACCAAACCCGAUGACUCAUCCCCGGACUCUGAGCCCGACAAGACGAAGAAGAGCAAGAAGCGGCGAGUGUUGUUCUCCAAAGCGCAGACUCUGGAGCUGGAGAGGCGCUUCCGGCAGCAGCGCUACCUGUCCGGCCCGGAGAGGGAGCAGCUCGCCCGGCUGCUCAGCCUGACCCCGACCCAGGUCAAGAUCUGGUUCCAGAACCACCGCUACAAGAUGAAGAGGGGCCGGGCGGAGGGCGCGCUGCAGGAGGAGAUCCCGCAGCCUCCGGUGCUGCGCCGGGUCGUCGUUCCGAUCCUGGUCCGGGACGGGAAACCUUUUCACACCUGUUUAAUCGACACAGAGAAAGCAGCCUGUUUACCUCCUCAUCAAACGGUCCCCUUUCCCUUACCGUACCCGGCUCUGCAGCAUCCGGUCCCCAUCACUCUCCCUCCGCGGUACCAGCAGCACUUUCCCUCCGCGGCGGCCUCCAGGUUCGCCUGGAGAGACUUUUGGAGCGACUCGGUCCACUUUAACUCUUUCAAGUGA